UAUUGGUAUGACACACAUGGGCCGUUUCUUAUUAUGGUAUUACUGUAGUAGAUGAUCAACAACUGAAGCUUCCAAGGCAAGAUAACCUAGUUGUAUUUUAAUAUCUUGCAUUUGAGAAGCUGAUAAAAAACGUAAUGAAAUGGAAGAGACAGAGGGAUACCUCAGCAUCAAGUAGCAGCUAUUGUGAGGAUAAACUUCUGGAGUUCUUCAACUCGGACACAAUAAUGCAACCAAUUUUUGUUUUUCUCAGAUUAGUAGCAGCUGUCUGGAUAUGCUCGCACAGUGACUACUUCGAGCCUUUAAUAGCUGAUCUGGGAGAAACUUAUAAUCUGCAAGAUUGGUGCUUUCAAAAUGUCAUUCCAUGUGGUGAGUGGGCAGAUCAUCUUGCAGUAAUGGCUUUGGCAACAGCCCUAGAGAUACCACUGAGAGUGAAGCAUCUGAAUGGUGGACCUGCUCAAGAUAUCUACACUGGUCAGGGAGUUCCUGUUGUUCAUGUGAUCUUGUUAUUAUACUCGGGGAAUUAUCAUGACAUCAUCUAUCCAGUCCGUUCAUCUUCUGAGACACUGUCAGUGCCCGGCACAACAAGUGAUUCCCAGUGCCAGUCCUACGAGGAAGUCGGGACAGCAUCGCUGCCCAGCGCGGCACGCGGCCUCACAUGCCAGGCGCUGCCAGGCACAGCAGGCGCUGUCCCGAUGCUAAUCCGCCCAGUCUGGCAUGAAAAUUCUGAGGAAGAGCUGGAGGGGCUUCGGCUACUUCUGCAACAGGGAAGUGUCACAAUUGCACUGGAUAUGGAAUUUAUGAGUACAGAAGGGAACCAAGUUCGCCCAGGAACAAUGACUAAGUGGUAUAGCAAUGUUUGCGAUUUGGUCAAUGGAGGGGAUGUUCUUCAACUAGGGCUGGCCAUUUCUCUUGAUACCGACUCCCCCCCUGAAGCAGUUCGUGUGAAUGAGAUAAAUCUGCAAGUUGAUGUCAAUAGCCGGCCGUACAACAAAGACACGAUCAAGUUUCUAACCAAUCAAAAACAUAAUCUUGACGCCCACAACACUGGUGGGGUCCCUCCCGCACAGCUAGCGGAUUGGUUACUGAAUGAGUUUGAUAGGUUUUAUGACCGGGAGGUGACCUGGGUUUUCUUCCAGGGAGACUAUGAUGUCGCAUUUCUGUUAAAUCUGGUCAGAAAUUUCUUGCCAGCUACCCUUGUUGAACAUAUGAGGAGGUAUACCUGCUCUCUACCCCAACUCUAUGAUGUUCGGGUAUUGUCGAGGAUUCUAUUUGGUAAAGAUGCAGGCAGUCUUGACUGGUUGGCAGAUAAGAUCAAUGUUCAGCGGACCGGCAACAGGCACUCAAGUGGAUCGGAUGCCCUCCUUACACUGGACUGUUUUUUUGAGCUGAGGAGGCGCCUCGGAAUUGACAGCAUACAACCAUUGAGGGGGGUUCUCUGUGGAUUAUAUGAUGUCGAUCACAUCAUCAGUAAAGCCCUCCCCAUGGGACAUGCCAAUCUCCAGGAAAUCGAGGUUUGGCGUGACAAUUUUGAUAGAGAAGCAGCUGUUAUUGCACAAGCAGUGCAGAGCAACUACUAUAUUGUGGGAGUAGAUGUUUGCUUCAGUCCAGCACUAGGUCACAGGCUCUUCCAUGAACAUUUGCAAGGUUGUUUUGAGCUCAUGGUGGAGGCACUCACUGCUGUGGGACACUAUGAAAUCUCACUAGCUCUUGUCAGCUACACUGGGCAGCUUCCAAUGGGAAGGUGGUGGAGAUUCCACGUAUCCGAGUCCAUUGACACUGAUGCCGCCAAGUACAUUCACUUUCCAAAAUUUGUUGAACUCAUUCACAGAUGCAACCUGAUUAAUGAUGAAAGAAUAAUAUGGGCCACCUAUGAGGGAGCAGAAUGUAUUGCAAGCCUCUGUCGUAUGGUGCAGCGCAGCGGCACCCGAACAGGUAUACCAUUGACAGUGUGUGGUUACCUACGUUGUCGGAGCUCCAUGUUCCCUUCGCUAUAUGAUAUUGGUCUGCUGGUGUCUCGGGAAAAGGAAAAUGCUUUGGCUGACAUUGCUCGUCCAUUGGGCUUGUCUGUCCCUGGCAACCAGUCUGGCUGGAAUGCUGUUUUGAGUGCGCAGGUUAUGGUUCGGCUGAGAGAACAAUUGGAGAAGUCGGAUGCCCUUCUCCUGGUCUAUAAAGAUCACCGCGGGAAACUGUUAGCCAGAUGCUGUCCGAGUUUCCACUUGCACCACUGAGGAAGAGCAUUCAAUGUUUAGUGAGGUGCAUUCCACAAUACACAUAGCUUGAUGAAGUAGGUAGGUGUAUACUUGUGCAUUACUGUGCUAGAAAUUGGAUUGAUCUGUAUGUGUAUACUUGUGCAUUAAUGUGGUAGAAAUUCAGAGCAUCUGUAGGUCCUGCUUGUGCCCGGACCAGCAUGAUUUUUUGUUUCUUAAAUGAAUCUGCAAGAAGUUGUAUUC